UCUAUCCUCACCCAUCUCUUUCAGCUAGUCUCUCUCUAAUCUCACUAAAUCUACACUUGUCAAUCUCAGUCUCGCCCUUGCUUGCUUCUCCAUCUUGUUCAAGUACUGCUGCUACGUGAUUCCCAUAUUUGAACACUGAACCGCAACUUCAAAUUUACCCCAAACUCAGCAGGACGGUAGAUUCAAUUGGAAAUGAGCACAGAGAGCUCUUCACCUCCUCGGUGGAAAUAUGAUAUCUUUUUGAGUUUUAGAGGCGAGGAUACUCGAAAGGGUUUUACAGACCAUCUAUACACUGCAUUGGGUGAUAAAGGAAUCACAACUUUCAAGGAUGAUCCUGAACUUCACAAAGGGGAAGCUAUUUCUCCAGCACUUUUUGCUGCAAUUAAAGAAUCGAGAUUUGGCCUCAUUGUUCUCUCACAAAAUUAUGCAUCGUCAACAUGGUGCUUGGAUGAACUUGUGAGAAUUCUUGAAUGUAUGAAAGCAAGAGAAGCUGUGCUGCCAAUUUUCUAUGAUGUUGAUCCCUCUGAUGUACGAAAGCAAACAGGGAGUUUUAGACAAGCCUUCGCUAAUCAUGAAGAAAGAUUAAGGGGUGACAAGGAGAAAGUGCGAAGGUGGAGAUAUGCUUUAACUGAAGUGGCAAGUUUCUCUGGGUGGAAUUCAAAGGAUCGGUAUGAAUCAAAGCUCAUUAGAGAUAUUGUUGAAGUCAUAUGCAAAAGAUUGCAACCUACAUCAUACAGUUAUGCAGAAAAUCUAGUUGGAAUUUACUCAAGAUUGCAUCCAGUUAAUUUGCUUUUAAGUGUAGGGGUGGAUGACGUCCGCUUCAUUGGUAUAUGGGGAAUGGGCGGGAUUGGUAAGACUACUAUGGUAAGAGCGGUGUAUGAGAGAAUCUUUCAUGAAUUUGAAUAUAGUUUCCUACUUACCGAUGUUAGAAAAUCCAUUGAAAAAAGUGGUCUACUUAAGUUACAAAAGCAACUUCUCUCUGGGAUUUGGACAAAGAAGGCCAACAUAUCAGACCUUCAUGAAGGAGGCACGAUUAUAAGGAGGUUGUUAGGUCACAAAAAAGUUCUUCUCAUUCUUGAUGAUGUGAACCAUUCAAGUCAUUUAGAAUAUUUGGCAGGAAACCCAGAGUGGUUUGGUUCAGGGAGUAGAGUUCUUAUCACAACUAGAAAUGAGCAUUUGUUGAUUGAACAUGGAGUGGAGAGAAGAAUGAAGGUUGAAGUAUUAAAUGAUGAUGAUUCUCUUCAGCUUUUUUGCCAGAAAGCAUUCAAAAGAGGUUGCCCUGAAGAAGAUUUUCUUGGUUUGUCUAAAUUUGUUAUAAAUUAUGCCAAAGGUCUUCCUUUAGCUCUUAAAGUACUGGGUUCUUUUUUGUGUGGAAGAGAUCCAAGUGAAUGGAACAGUGCACUGAGAAAACUGGGAAGAGUUUGUAACUUGGAAAUCUUUGACAUACUUAAAAUAAGUUACGACGGUCUAGAUUCUGAAGAGAAGAAAAUAUUCCUAGACAUUGCAUGUUUCUUUAAUGGACAGGACAAAGACCGAGUAACACAAGUACUAGCCAGUUGCGAUUUUUCUGCAAUUAUUGGAAUAAAAGUUCUUACCGAAAGAUCUCUCUUGACUGUUUCGCAUGGAAGACUAAGGAUGCACGAUUUGCUCCAAGAAAUGGGUUGGGAAAUUGUCCGCCGGGAAUCUCCUAACGAGCCGGGCAGGUGCAGUAGAUUGUGGCUUCAUGAAGACGUCAAACAUGUCUUGACCAAAAAUACUGGAACUGAAGAAAUAGAAGGCAUAUUUCUGGACUCAAUCGAGUCAGGAGUAGACGUGAACGUGACUCCGAAAUCAUUUUCAAUGAUGAACAAUUUGAGAUACCUGAAGAUUAAGAAUGGGAACCUGCCUAAGGGGCUUGAAUAUCUUCCUAAUAAUUUACGGAUUCUUGAUUGGACGAGGUAUCCAUCAAAAUCCCUGCCAUCACAUUUCAACCCUCAGAAGCUUCUUGAACUGAACUUGUGUCAUAGUUGUAUUAAACAUGUUCAGAUAGGAACGGAGCCUUUAUACAAUUUGAAAACCAUUAAUCUGAGUCGCUCUCUGAAUCUUGUCAACACCCCAAACUUUAAAGGUAUGCCAUAUCUCGAGUUUUUGUUUCUUGAAGGUUGUAUAAGAUUGUAUGAGGUUGACCCGACAAUUGAAGUGCUUGAAAGACUUACUGUGUUGAACUUGAAAGAUUGUAAGAAUCUCGUGCAUUUUGCAAGCAGUGUACUUGGCUUAAAAUAUCUCAAAGUUCUGAAUCUUUCUGGUUGCUCAAAGCUUAGAAAACUACCGAAUGACAUAGGUCAUUUAGAGAGUUUGGAGGAGCUUCACGUGAAUGGCACUGGCAUAAGAGAACUACCUUCCUCUAUUGGAAUGCUUGAAAGACUUCCUAUGCUGAAAAUGGAAGAUUGCAAAGAUCUGGUGUGUCUUCCAUGCAGUGUAGGUGGCUUAAAAUCUGUCAAAGUUGUUAAUAUUUCUGGUUGCUCAAAGCUUGACAAAUUGCCCGAGGAGUUGGGCCAUAUAGAGUGUUUGGUACAGGUUGAUGCGAGUGGAACUUCUAUACAAGAACUACCUUGCUCUGUUGGCAUGCUUGAAGGACUUCUUUGUAUGUCCUUGAGAGAUUGCAAACAUCUUGUGUGUCUUCCAAGCAGUGUAGGUGGCUUAAAAUCUCUCAAAUAUCUCUAUCUUUCAGGUUGCUCAGAGCUUGACAAAUUGCCGGAAGAGUUGGGCCAUGUAGAAUGUUUGGUGCAGGUUGAUGCGAGUGAAACUUCUAUACGUGAACUACCUUGCUCUAUUGGCAUGCUUAAAGAACUUGUUUCUAUGUCCUUGAGAGAUUGCAAACAUCUUGUGUGUCUUCCAGGCAGUGUAGGUGGCUUAAAAUCUCUCAAAUAUCUCGAUAUUUCUGGUUGCUCAAAGCUUGACAAAUUGCCAGAGGAGUUGGGCGAUAUAGAGUGUUUGGUACAGGUUGAUGCAAGUGGAACUUCUAUACGAGAAUUACCUUGCUCUAUUGGCAUGCUUGAAGGACUUGUUUUUAUGUCCUUGAGAGAUUGCAAACAUCUUGUGUGUCUUCCAAGCAGUGUAGGUGGCUUAAAAUCUCUCAAAUAUCUCUAUCUUUCAGGUUGCUCAAAGCUUGAGAAAUUGCCAGAUGAGUUGGGUCAUGUUGACUGUUUGGAGAAGCUUGAUGUGAGUGGAAGUGGCAUCAGAAAACUGCCCUCCUCUAUUGGUCUUGUGAAAAACCUCAGAGUAUCUUUUGCAGAGUCAUCAAAAUCAUGGAAUAUGAUGUUCAAGCCCUUUCAGUUAUUGCGAAAAAGAAGUCACAUUCCGGCAGGAUUGUCGGUUCCUUGUUUGUCGGGUUUGCAUUCAUUAACUGAAUUGAAUGUAAGUGAGUGCAAUCUUUCUCAAGAAGUAUUGCCCAGUGAUUUUGGAUGCUUGUCUUCAUUAAGAAGAUUUGAUCUCAGCAGAAAUCAAUUCAUUACACUACCCGACAGCAUCGGCCAACUCUCUAGACUUGAAUCUCUUCAGUUGCAUUGGUGCCGCAAUCUUCGGACAUUACCACAGCUUCCAUCUCUUGCAUCGGUAGACGCUAGCCACUGCAUUUCAUUAGAUACUUUGGCCAAUCAAAUAGGGCAAUGUAAUUCGGUGCUAUUCGGAUCUUUUGUUAACUGUUUCAAACUGGUGGAGAAUGAAAGCACUGGGAGUAUAGCGGUUACAUUGUUAACACGCUACCUUAAGAGUAAAGCAUUUUCUGACCAUAAUAAUAGAUUUAACUGUAUUGUUCCUGGAAAUGAAAUUCCAGAGUGGUACAAUCACCAAAGUGUGGGGGAUUCGAUAACCGUAGAGCUACAACCAGGUUGGUUAAGUAACAAGUGGAUGGGAUUCGCCUGGUGUGUCGUUUUUAGAUUCCUCAAACCACAGCCGCCUUGGACUGAGAUGUUCUUUUGUUGCAAUCUUGUUGCCAAUGGAAUACUCAUGCCCUUCAAUUUUCAAUUUUUUGGGCCAGAGUGGGGAGCUCGAGGGUGGGGAGAGUUCUAUGCAAUUAAACCUGUGUCAGAUCAGAUUUGGUUGUCGAAUUUGCACCGUGAUUUUUGCAAACAUGAGUGGCAGGAUAUCUACUAUCGGCUUGAUUUCUCAAUUGAAAUCAACUACAUCGACAUCGAAAAGAUUGAGGACCGAAGGAUAUAUACGAAAGUUGUGGAAGUGAAGAAGUGUGGGGUCCGUAUGGUAUAUGAGGAAGAUGCAGAGGAGCCUUUGGAAACAUUAUUGCAGCAGAGCAAUGUCGGCAGUUCUACCAAGCAACGCCUUCAACACUAUGAUGAUGAUGACGACGACGACGACGACGAUGCAUCAUCUAGUAGUGCAAGUCAAGCUCAUCCAAGAAGCAUGAAACAACUCCAACUUGACGGCGCAGGACCCAGUGGAACCCCUUAUUCAUGACCAGAAUCAUCGAAGGAAAAGACAUUGAAAAAGCAGGGGGAGCUGGAUUACCAUUGGGCCGAGUUCGAUGACGUCCGGUACCACACAUUCAGGGCUUGCGGGGCGUCUUAUUGUCAUUGGCGGUCCUAGGAAUCUCGGUGAAGGUUUCAUCGAGAUCAAUGCGUGGGUUCCGAGUGAAGGUCCUCCUCCGCAGUGGAACUUGCUUGCGAGAAAGCAAUCUGGUAACUUUGUCUAUAACUGUGCUGUAAUGGGAUGCUGAAGCUUCAUAUGUAUAAGAUUGGUUUGUCCACCAACACAGGAGUCUUGCUAAUUGGUGAUGAUGAAAAACCCACACAUUGUGCUGCUUUUUUUCGCUGCCGGCCCCACCUCCGGAAACUGUGUUCUUGAGUGGGCUUCCUGCUGGGGCUAUAAAGGCUGCAUAUGGAUCAGUAGUGCAGAUUCUUGACCCACCUAGAGAUGGGUUUAAUCUUACAUUGAAGCUCAAUCUCUCUAAACUUCCUCCAGAUGAAGGUUCAACGAGUUCCUUUUCUAAGAGUACAAACAUGCUCUUUUGGUAAAGAUUGCAUCUGUAAGGGAAGUGGUGCUAGGAGCUCCAUUGAGAGUAAUUCUGAAGCUGCUUGCUUCGAGGACUGUUGCUUCCAAUAUUGAUCCACUUGUUGCUCUUGUGCAUCGGCCAAAGGAAUCCUUUUUUCCUUAUUCCUCAGGCAGAAAAGGUGACCGUGGUAUUUCCUAUGAGAUUCAAGGACUCUAUUGACAUUGUUCUUGCAACUUCCUUCCUGCAGUUGUUUUACCUCGUCAUGUGGAAGGCAAGAAACUGGAUCGGACAGUUUGGAGUUUAUCAACUUUCCAUGCAUAUGUUAGUUAUCAUGUUGAGGAGAAACUAAAAUCUGUUGAAUGCCUCCAACCUGCUUCCCGAUGCUGCAAAGAGUAUGUUAGUUUUUCAAUUACCUUUUGAAGGCACCUAGUUUUAUAGUAAAAGGAACUGCAACGGAAUAUCUUUCAAAUUUAUUUGUUCUAGCCAUGAUUGCUGAUUUUGUGACUGCGAAUCCAGAUCCGUUGAUACCAACAAAUCGAAAGAAACAACGAUCCUGUCACUUUUGGAA